AACUACCAACUAUUUGACGAAAUUACUCAUGGCUAUACGGGAUAGCGAGAAGAAUAUAGAAGGUGUAAAUACAGCUAAGCAGCCUGUAUAUCCUCCUAGGAUAUUCUCUAAGAUGAGAUGGAUAGCUGGUCUCUUUUUGGCGCUAUAUCUAAUUGUAAUACUCUUUAUCCAUUAUAAUGUAACUCCGUUGGUCUCAAUCAUCAAAAAAUCGUUCAAACAGGGUAUACUUGAAGGAGGCAUUGCUCAAUACUCACCGCAAUUUGAUGUUAACUGGGGCAUACCUGAUCAAUUGCCAGAGACUUGUACGGUCGACAUGGUUAACAUUCUCGAGAGACAUGGCGCUCGCUAUCCUGCCCAUAAGCAGCGUAAAACUAUGGUAAAAACACUCGAUAAACUUCACAGCUCAAAGAAGCCAUCGAAGGACCCAAAAUUGAAGUUCGUAAGCAAGUACAACAUCACAAAAACACUCGGAGAAGAGGAUCUCGUUUGGUUAGGUCGCCAACAAGCCUAUAAUUCAGGAACCAGGUUUCAUGAACAAUAUAAAGACCUCAUCGAGCGUUCAUUACCACCUUUCUACCGUGCCCCAAGCUCGCCACGCGUUAUUGAGAGUGCUCAGUUAUUCCGUUUAGGGUUUAACAACCACUCAAUCUUUGAUCCAUAUGAAGACCUCGACGUUGUUUUACCUGAAGGAAAGGCCUACAACAAUACCCUCGACAUAUCUAACUGUCCACUUGCGUCUAACCAUUCUACUACAAUCGGUGACGAUGUUUCUGACGUUUAUGCUGCUUUAUGGACUCCUCAGUUGUCGAAGUGGUGGAACAGUAAGUUCCCAGGUGCGAAUCUCAAUCAUAAUGACAUCGUAAACCUCUUUCACGCAUGUGCAUUUGAUACUGUCGCAAACAAUGGUACAAUCAGCGAUUGGUGCAAGGUGCACGAUUUAUCUGAUUUCCACCAUUAUGCUUACUACUUGAUUUUACAAAAGUACUACGACUCCAGUUACGGACAUCCAUUGGGAAGAGCCAGAGGUAUUGGAUACGUCAACGAGCUUAUCGCUAGAUUAACGAGCUCACCUGUUGUCGAUUCAACAAGCACGAACACGACUAUUGACUCCAACCCUGAUUUAUUCCCAUUACCUCCACAAGAGAGGAGUGAGAUGGGUCACAGGUUGUUCGUUGACUUUAGUCACGAUACGUCGAUGGUAAACAUAAUCUCAGCCCUCGGACUUGCUAGAACGACCCGUCACUUACCAUUCCUGAUAGACAGGAAACAGGAACCACCGAGGGAUAUGUUCGACAUAUCAAAGUAUGUGCCAUUUGCAGGUCGUAUCGUCUUUGAGAAGAUCCAUUGUGGGGAAUCGAUAGGUGAAUAUGAUGAAGAACAAGACUAUGUACGUAUAAAGGUCAACGAGGGUGUCUACCCUCUCAAACUAGCCGGCUGUGGAUCGUUGGGCGCCGACACGGGAUUGUGUAGGCUUGAAGACUUCCUAGAAAGCCAGAGUUGGAAUAUAAACGGAGGCAAUUGGAAUGAAUGCUAUGAAGAUUAAGCAUAACUUAUGUUUUGUAACGAGAUAUCAUGAUUACAUACUAUGAGCUCACUUGAUUACAUACCGUCAUGAGCGAAGGCGUGGAAAAGAACGAAAAUGUAAUGCUGAUAUCGUCUGAUCAAUAUUCCUUCAUUCUGCCGAAAGAAGCAGCACUCAAGGCAGGAAUGUUGGCUGAUAUGCUUGGGGAGGAUAGUAGGUCAAUAUAUUGAUAGUAUCUAGCCUAAACAUCUUAGGUGCAUUCAGUGAAAGCCAGAGCAACAUCUGUAGACUGGACAUAAGGGGCGUUGUACUUGAAAAAGUGGCUGAAUAUCUUCUCUUCAAACAAAAGUACGAGGAUGCAACGAACAAAGAGACUGUCCCAGAUUUCCAGGAGAGGAUACCGCCUGAGAUCGCGCUUGAACUGCUAGUUGCAGCAGAUUAUCUACAAACCUGAUAUUUAUCUAAAAUACACCUUUUGUACACUACAUUGUUU